AAAUGAACACCCUCCGGCGCACCACGUUAGCUUGCGCUGCUAGCUACAAGAGGAGCAGACGAGCCAUCAAACCGGGGGCAAGGAUGUAUUCUGACUUUAUCUACCGCAAUGCAUGUGAUUUUUCUAAAUGUCCAUGGAAACAGCUGACUAAAGUUUGACAGCUAUCCCACCAGAUUUCCAUUUGUAACAAUUAGCCAGAGGAAGCAGUGCUGGGAAAUUCGCUUGGAUUAAGCCUUUUCCUGUGUUAAUAGAUCCACAAAUCAUCUGCUGAUGACCACAUCUGAAGCCAAUCCUGAGUUGUGAGUCUGUAGAGGAGAAGCCGGGCUGAUGACAAGCAUGACAUUGAACCAAGCCACAGAUGCAUGCGCACUCAAAAGGCCCAACUGAGUGCCAUCCCCUCUGCUUCCCGGCUUUCGACCAGUCUCUCGGGAGGGGGGGGGAGGUGGGGGGGUGUCGACGGGGCAUAGCUAGUCCCCUGCACCCCCUAGUAGAACCUCACUGUGAAACUGGAGGUCUCUGAUGGAUCAGGGUAGUAGUGAGCAGAGUCCAGAGGAGCCGGAUGCAGGAGGCCGAGCGGAGCCGGAGGUCGGCAGGAGGGCGUCGGAGUCAGAGCACGGCUUGUCCAAAAUCACCCAUAAUGCCCUGGAGAACAUGGGAGCGUUGGGCCAUGGCCUGAAGCACUUCUUCCAGCCACAGCGCCGACGCUCCUCCGUUUCCCCACAUGACUCCGUCUCGUCCUGCACAGGCGCCCCUCCCUCCGAACCCACUGAUGUAGGGUCAGAAGUAGGGGACGCUCCUGCCUCCUCGGCCGUCCCUUUGGAUUCUGACAACCUUGCCGCUUCCGCCCCUCCCGCAGCUCUGAGCCGUGUUCUGCAGCAGAUCCGAGGGGCUCCACCGAUAAUGAAGCGAGGCACCAGCCUGCAGAGCCGGCGAAGCAAGGUGGGGGGCACUGGGGAUCCUCCCCAGAAAGGUAGCCCACAGAUCCACCGGCGCAGCACCCAUGAGGCCCUGCUGCAGGCUGGACGCCCACGCUCCUCUUCGACCACAGAUACACCCAGCAGCCCAGCCCUAGCUGACAUGCUGCUGACCUCUGGUUACCACUCAACUGAGGAGCCUGACAAGCUGGAUCGUUAUGAUGGAUCGGGUCCUGCCGUGUCACCAAAUGCCCUCCCCUACGGUGCAGAUGGGUAUGAUGUAGUUGAUAGUACCCCAGACCCCCAGCGAACUAAGCAGGCCAUUGCCCAACUACAACAGAAGAUCCUCAAGCUCACUGAACAAAUCAAAAUUGAACAAACCGCCCGCGACGACAACGUGGCUGAAUACCUGAAACUCGCUAAUAAUGCCGACAAACAGCAGAGUGCACGCAUCAAACAGGUGUUUGAGAAGAAGAACCAAAAGUCUGCUCAGAGUAUCCAGCAACUGCAGAGGAAGCUGGAGCACUACCACCGGAAGCUUCGAGAGGUGGAGCACAACGGCAUCCCUCGCCAGCCCAAAGAUGUUUUCCGAGACAUGCACCAGGGGCUGAAAGAUGUUGGAGCCAAGGUCACAGGCGGUCUCUCCAGUUUCUCUCAAGCCACUCACUCUGCAGCUGGAGCUGUCGUGUCUAAGCCGAGAGAAAUCGCCUCCCUCAUCCGCAACAAGUUUGGCAGUGCCGAUAACAUUGCAGCUCUGAAAGACUCCUUGGAUGAAACCCAGGGCGACGAAGGUGUGGGUCCUGGGGGAACGAGAGGCCUUGGAAUGGGACAGUUGCAGCCAAGCCCAAAGUAUGGCAGUGAUGACGACUGUUCUAGUGCAACUUCUGGCUCUGCGGGAGCAAACAGCACCACUGGAGCCCCUGGAGGACCCCCUAGCUCCAAGGGCAAUACCUUGGAUCAUGCCCAGGCCUCUGGCUUUGAUGCUAUACUACAUGAGAUCCAAGAGCUCCGGGAAAACCAAGGUCGACUGGAGGAGUCCUUCGAUAAUUUGAAAGCCCAUUAUCAGCGAGACUACACGAUGAUCAUGGAGGCCCUGCAAGAGGAACGAUACAGGUGUGAACGUUUAGAGGAACAGCUCAAUGACUUGACAGAACUCCACCAGAAUGAAAUUCUGAACUUGAAACAGGAACUAGCCAGCAUGGAGGAGAAGAUUGCUUAUCAGUCUUAUGAAAGAGCGAGGGACAUUCAGGAGGCGCUGGAAGCAUGUCAGACUCGUAUCUCCAAGAUGGAGCUGCAGCAGCAGCAACAGCAGGUGGUGCAGCUUGAGGGUUUGGAGAACGCCACAGCACGGACUCUUCUUGGAAAACUAAUCAAUGUGCUGCUAGCUGUUAUGGCAGUCCUUUUGGUGUUUGUGUCCACAGUGGCUAACUGUGUCGUCCCCUUGAUGAAAACACGGAGCCGCACGCUUUCCACGCUGCUCCUCGUGAUCCUCUUGGCCUUCCUCUGGAGGCACUGGGAUGCUAUUUCAGAGUAUCUGCAUCACUUUCUUUUGCACCCCAGAUGACCGGCUUGGAGAGGCGUAUUUAAAUGAUGAAGGGACAGAGGUUUUGGGGCUGAUAGAGGGAGGAUACUGACUCAUACAGGGAGUUGAAUCUCAACAGUCCUACCUUUUCUUCCUCUUUAGCAGCCUUUCAAAACACUCAGGAGGAUUGCAUCAGAGGUUUGUCACUUUAUCACUUUCUGAAAUGUGUUUUGAGAAGAAUAAAACAGAGAAUAAUGUUGUGAAACGGCCGGAUGGGUGGUAUUGACUUGCUAUCAUUGGUGCAAUUGUGGCACAAGCACAUACUGUAAAAGGGUGAAUUGGGCGUAGUUGAAGGAGGGGCUGAGAGAACUGCACAGUUGAUUUCUCUCUUCUGAGUGAAUUUGUUUACAUGUGGAAAACUUUGCAUUGUUUCCCCACUGAAGAAAUUGUAAUUCAGAGUUUUAUUACUUUUGAGCUGAUUCAAGUGGUAUUGUUUUGAAGUCACUGCUAUUUUUUAAUACAACUGAUUGAUGGCUUUUUAUUUUCUUUUAACUGUAAUGAGCCGACGGUGUUCUGCUGAUUUAGUUGUCCACAUUCUCUUUUUGUAUAUUCUUCCUCUUCUGGUCUUGCCACCCUGGUUUUUUCAGUCUGCUCUUUCUUUCCCCUUUACUCACUCUUGAAAUUUCAGCUUGUGUGACCAACUCUUCCUCUACCUGCUCACUACACCCUGUAGAAUGGGGUGCUUGCACAGCAGCUGCAUUGCUCUGGAAACAGACUUGUCACUGGAUCUAACAGUUUCUCUUGGAUGUGUGAAGUCAAUAACACUGGUUCUGCCACAACCAGGAUAUUACUAUCAAGAACAUUUAUUUAAAGUUGUGACCCUGCCCUCCGGGCCAACUGGAUCCUGCUAUUCUGGUGGAUUUUCCACUGCAGAAGAAUAAUCUAUGAACUUAAUUAACAUACUUGAAGAGCAGUUAAAGUGCUCAAAGACUCAGUGCUUCCGUACUGUUUCUAUUAGUGACAAUGAAAUAGUAAUACUUUUUAGUUGAUUUUUUUAUUUUUUAAAGACAAAUAAAUUUGCUGUUUUAAAAGGUGAA